AAAAAAAUCACCCUUCAUGACCUUUUUUUUUUUGUCUGUUUUUGCUGUGUUUCUAGCUACUAGCUACAUGGGAUAAAACUGGUUGUGGUCAAUUUUUUACUUUAGUUUGGUUGUCUUAAAAGAUAUAUACCAAGUAUUUGUGUUUUAGUUGUCCUUCUUUGUGGAUAACAUUUUUUCAUGUGAAUUGUUUCUCUUUUUGGUGUCUCGGAUCUAUAUUCUUUACUCGUAGAAAUCUGAUCUUCCACCGUAUAUUGAAUAUUGGAAAGAUCAUGAACAGUGGUUUUAAGAUUUGAAGAGUUUUUGCUUGUGUAUUCUACUAGUUCUGGUGGCCUUUAUCAAGGUCUUGGAGUAGGAGAUAUUUUGUAUGGUUCUGGUGUUUGAUUGGUGGAAUUGGGGAUCCAUGAGACAGGUAGGGAAGAACUUAUUGAAGUUAAUCUGGUUUUAUAUCCUGGAUACAUAAGAGCAGCAUAGAAGUUGCAAAAAGCCGGAAAGUCUGGUUCUUCUGGCUAUAGCAGCAACAGGUAAUUUUGACUAUCAUGUUUCAAGGGGCUUUUGUUGCUAUUGAGAUGUUUUGCAACUGUUUGGCAAAUCUGAUUCUGUUUCAAGUUUGUGCUAUUUAGACCUUUAUUGAUGUUCAUGUUUUGGAUUGAAGGAAAGAUUUAGAGAUUAUUCAUAUCUUUAUGAAUUUGAACACUUCAGUCUUAUCUGAAAGAUCUUGUCAGUUCAACAUGAGUAGCAGUAAGACGAUAGUCUGGUUUAGGAGGGACCUCAGGAUUGAUGACAAUCCUGCUUUGGCUGCUGCUGCAAGGGAUGGUAGUGUCUUUCCUGUCUAUAUAUGGUGCCCCAAAGAGGAAGGUCAGUUCUACCCAGGUCGAGUAUCACGGUGGUGGCUGAAGCAAUCUCUUGCUUAUUUGGAGCAGACCUUGAAGUCUCUUGGGGCCGAACUUGUAGUAAUUAAGACCCAAAGUACACUUUCAGCUCUUUUAGAUUGCAUCAACGCUACUGGCGCGACUAAAGUAGUAUUCAACCAUCUUUAUGAUCCUGUUUCGCUGGUUCGCGAUCAUAGCAUCAAAGAGAAACUGGCAGAGGUUGGCAUUUCUGUACAUAGCUAUAAUGGAGAUUUGAUAUAUGAACCGUGGGAGAUAUAUGAUGAGAAGGGGCAAGCUUUUACGACCUUUGAUGCAUAUUGGGACAAGUGCUUGAACAUGCAUUCGGAACCCAUUUCACUUCUUCCCCCAUGGAGAUUGGUGCCAGCUGCAGUGACAGGGACAGUAGCAAGGUGCUCUAUUGAAGAUUUGGGCCUUGAAAACGAAUCAGAAAAAUCUAGCAAUGCAUUGCUUGGAAGAGGAUGGUCUCCAGGUUGGAGCAAUGCUGAUAAGGCUCUAACUGAAUUUGUUGAACAGCAUCUAGUUGACUAUUCAAAAAAUAGGCUAAAGGUUGGUGGCAACUCUACAUCACUUUUGUCACCAUAUCUUCAUUUUGGAGAGAUAAGUGUAAGGAAAGUUUUCCAGUGUGCGUGGAUGAAGCAGAUAUUAUGGAGAAGAGAACAGAACUCUCAAGGGGAAGAGAGCGUAACACUUUUUCUAAAAUCCAUUGGACUUAGAGAAUACUCCCGUUAUCUUUGUUUCAAUUUUCCAUUCACCCAUGAGCGAUCAUUGUUGAGCAACUUGAAGUAUUUUCCUUGGCAUUCUGAUGUGAACCAUUUUAAGGCUUGGAGACAAGGUCGGACUGGUUAUCCAUUGGUGGAUGCAGGAAUGAGAGAGCUUUGGGCAACUGGUUGGAUACACAACAGGAUAAGAGUGAUUGUUUCAAGUUUUGCAGUGAAGUUUCUUCUUCUUCCAUGGAAAUGGGGAAUGAAGUAUUUCUGGGACACACUUUUGGAUGCAGAUUUGGAAUGUGAUAUUCUUGGUUGGCAGUACAUAUCUGGGAGCUUACCAGAUGGUCAUCAGCUAGAACGAUUAGACAGCCCACAGAUUCAAGGUUGCAAAUAUGACCCAGAAGGUGAAUAUGUAAGGCAAUGGCUGCCAGAACUAGCAAGGAUGCCAACUGAGUGGAUCCAUCAUCCUUGGGAUGCACCUCUUAUUGUGCUUAAAGCUGCAGGUGUGGAGUUGGGCUUAAACUAUCCAAAACCCAUAAAAGAUAUAGAUACAGCUAGAGAACAUCUGACAGAAGCUAUAUUUAAAAUGUGGGAAAUGGAAGCAGCUGCAAAGGCUGCAACUUCAGAUAGGAUGAAUGAAGAAGUUUUUGAUAAUUCUGAUGGUAUCGAAACUUCCGCCAUCCCAAAAGUAAUCCUAAAGGAAAUGUCUUCUUGUCCAACAUAUUCAUCUAAUGAUCAGAGGGUGCCAUCAUUUCAAAAUUGCAAUAAUGGUUCAUUGUAUGGGAAGAGAGCAAGAUAUGUAGAAGAAGAAAAGUUGCAUGCAGAUAAAUUGAAUUAUCACAAUAAAGAUGCAGGGACCUCGAGAGGAGAACAAGACUUAUGCUCGACAGCUGAAUCUUCAGCAUCUAAGAGGCUGAGUACUAGCAGGACGUCAUUCUCCGUUCCUCAAUCUUGUUCUUCUUCAGAUGGCAGGCCAUUGCAAGAAUAUGAAUCUUCUGAUCUGAAGUGAUCAUGGCAAGAAAAGAUUGACUUGGAACAGAAUUCAAGCAAAAAUGGUAAAUAAAUGCUGUUAAUUUACAGUUUGGCUAUUAAGAAACUGCAGACUUUGCAUCCAUUUCUAGUUCUUUUGAUUAUCUGUAUAAUACAUGAGAUUAAUCCAACCUGCAAACUCAAGCCUUUUUCUUAACCUAUGGUGACAUGAACUACAAUCAGGAUAGAUGUUAGUGAAAUUAGUGUGCUUUCAUGUACAUGACAAUUACAAAUUAUUGGAUGAUGCUAAGCCAUGACCUUCAACAAUAUUUUGUAAUUUCCUGUAAACUACUCUUCAAGAAAAGAAAAUGGCUAAGUUGUUUUGGUGAGUAAUGUGCAUGGGGAAUUUGAUCUUCAUUUUAUUUAUUUGGGGCUAUUCUAAAUACUUCCUUUUAUCAUUCAACAAUUUGAAAAAAGCAAUAAAGCACAGUUUGGUUGGUUAUGGGCAAUGUUCUACUGAUCAAUAAAAUCAAAAUGGUCAUCAUUUCAUGAAUGCUGCAGCUUUAUUCUGUUUCAUUUAGGCUUGACUAACUUAAAUGUUUCCUAUCAUAUGC